CGACACUUCAGAAACGUCACUAAACAAAACAAACCGCAUUGAUUUUCUCACUUAUGUGUUAAAUUUUGUUUUAACCAAGGAAUAUUCGCUGUUUUACAGCGAAAGUGCAUGAGGAUGGCUCUCCUGGAUGAUUUUGUUGGGAAUCUGCUGGAGACUGUGACUGGACAGAAGGAGAAAGGCUGGAAUCUGGUGGUGAUGAGGAAGCCCACUGAGAAGCUUCUGUGUGGAGACUUUUCCUUUCCCACAGACUUUCGGAUAUGGCGAAAGUGUCUUCAGAUCCGGGAUGACUUCUCAGGAGACAUCUUCGCAUAUCGCAGAGUGUCGCCAGAGGAAAUUGUGCAGAAGAGCGCGGAUGCAGGUUGGAGUCUUCCGGUUGAAAAGGUAGAAGUGCUGAAAAAUCGCUGUGUUAUCUUUCUAAACAGGAGUGAGACCUUCAAGAGGGUCAUCAAGCACACUCUGGAGUCAGAUCUGGAAUUCCCAGUGAAGGAAGGAAAGAAAACUAUAUUCUUAGAGGAGAUUCAGGAAGCUUCGGACACUCUAACGGACUAUCGAGGGAUUUUGCUAAGAGAUGUCUUCUCCAAUCUUUUGAAGAGGUCCCGGAAAUUCACACAAGUGCUUGAUAGAACAAAUGCAGACAUUUCCUACGUUAUCACCAGCAAGAGUUCAGCAGAAGUAAUUCCUGGAAUGAAGAGAAUUCUGCCCGGAGUAGUUUUAGACGCCAAAACAGGCAAAAAGUCCUCCUCAGUCGCCUGGACGCAGUGCCUGGAAGAGAAGGUGAGGGAGUGUGAACUGGUGGCCAGACACAGAUAUGGCUUCCGAGGACCAGGAGAUUCACAGUUUGAGAACCUUGGCAGAGCGACUCUGUGUCUUGAGAUGCUGGAGGCAAAGCCCACGAGUCCAGUAGCUUUUGGUGGGUCUUCCAGUCGCGGCGGAGCGUUCAUUCUUUAUAAUUCUGCGCGAAUGGAGACUCUUCUGGAGACUUUCAAAGCUAGAAACUUCCCGGAAGCACCAAAGCUGGAAGAUGUCGACUUUGGCAUGCUGUCUGAAUCUGAAGAAUGGGUGAUUUUACUAAAUUUCAUCAUUGGCGAGGAGUGGAUGAUCGAGAAAAGCCUUUGUGAGUUGGAAUUAGGACGGAUCAGUCCUCAUCUCGUCUGUUCCUUCCUCCAGAGUCUGGUCACAGUCUUCAGUGCCUAUUAUCGUCGCGUUCAAAUUCUCACAGACAAUCGCCAGCAUCUGCUGACCACCAUCCACGCACGGAUUGUUCUUUUGCGAGCUCUCCGGAAGGUCUUCAAUCGCACCUUGGCUGUUUUAAAUAUUUCCCCCGUAGCAAAAAUGUGACUGUAUGCCUUUUUGUAACUUGUUCUGUUACAAAAUGCCAAUAAACGUAUGAAACUCAGAGAAAAACUUUGAAAAACCGCAUUUUUUAACAUUUCAGUGAUGCAAUUACAAAUUUUACAUAUAGUGUAAUUGAAUAAAAAUCAACAAAUGAUAUGAUACAAUAAACAUUUCAGGAUACCAAUUGCUAUAAA